AUGUCUCCGGAUCGAUACGACCGUGGAUCCUCCCGGCGCGGUGUCUGGAGCCACUGGGUGCCACUUGCCAUAACCCUCACCGUCGCGACCGCUGGGAUAGCUGCCUGGGUAUGGAGCCAGCACAAGGAGGACGAGGAGGACAAUGCCUUUGACCACGAGCCGGGCUUGGAUUAUGAGAAUGCUGAUUACGGGGACAACCCUCCUUACGGUGCUUCGAUCCGCGAUCCGCGAGGGCCAGAGCAACCCCCUCGACAGUAUCAACAAGGCGAUGAUGCCGCAGCCUAUGGGGUAGCUACAGCUCCCAGUGAUACUUCUGCGGCGGGAUGGGGAGCACGCAUGUCGGGCGCAUUGAGGAGGACGCCCAGUCCUCAACGAUUCUUCGACUCAACGGGCAAGACGGUUGCUGCUGGCAUGGCUGCCGCUGGCGCUGCUGUCGGCAAGGCCCUUGCUUCCAUCCGCGAAGAGGAUAAAGCGUACGGGGAGAAUCCGUGGCAGGAGGAAGCCGAUGCGAAGAAGGGCCGGGCUCCUGUCACCGGAGACAAGGGCCGGAAGACGGUCGCUGUCGUCGUGUCGGCUGAUACAAAGAUCUCUGACGUGUCUGGUGAUGGAACGCACGAGCUGGCUGCUAACGGUUCAUGGCAGUCAAUUCUGUCCCACAUUCCACGUCAUAACGACUUUUCAAAAAUCAAGUUGUACAUCUUGAUAUAUGUACCGAAUCUGGAGGAGUCCAUGUUGGAUGGUACUUCUAGUAACCUCCCGCCGCCUUCGUUGAGCUCGUCAUUUUCUAACAUUGGUCACGAUCAAGCCCAGACCCCCGGUGAAGAGACCAAGAGCCCUCUAAGCCUCCCAUCGAGUUCAAACGCGGCCUACCAUGCGAUCUAUUCCCAGGCUCUUAGCCUCGUGGAAAAGGAGACGACAAUCCUGCCCUUCACCACGCCCAGUGGUCACGUUUAUAUUCUACGUCACGUUCAACCAGAUAUCCUGUACCUUCAGGAGUCUUUGAGCGGUGACAAUGGCAGCAUCAUCACCACGCUCCAAACCUGGCUGCGACACGACAUUAUUCUAGUGGUUGGCGCCGAGAGUGGUUCUGGAGGCCUGGCAGACAGUGAGUCGGAGGCUGAGAAGACGGGGAAGCAGCUGGAGAAGUGGUGGCAAAGACCUGAACGAGUCGGACGCGGGCGUGGAGUCGUGGUGGUUGAUGGCAUGCGGGUACAUGAUGAUUGGGCUCGAAGGGUCCAGGGUAGGGAGUGA